UUCAUAAGGAGGCAAUGUUAAUAUCCCCACGUCUCAGCCCCAGUCAGUGGCAAUUCCCCACCACCUGCAGCUCCCCGCCUGGAUCACAGGCGCAGAGUCUUCGUUCCCAGCCAGCACAGAAGCCUGGAGCCAGUGUGAGUUCAAACCCAGGGCCCACCAUGCCGACUCUCAACCAAAGCAGCUUUGAUCCUAUAACAUUCAUCCUGACCGGCAUCCCGGGCAUGGAAGAGUCUCACAUCUGGAUCUCCGUCCCUGUCUGCCUGAUGUACGUUGUUGCUCUUUUUGCCAGCUCGGUUUUACUCUUCAUCAUCAUAACAGAGCGCAGCCUCCACGAGCCCAUGUACCUUUUCCUGGCCAUGCUGGCGGUCGCUGAUCUAAUGUUAUCCACGACUACCGUGCCCAAGAUGCUGGCCAUAUUCUGGUUUAGUGCCAAGGAGAUUUCUUUUGAUGCCUGCAUUACCCAGAUGUUCUUUACCCAUUUUAGUUUCAUCGCAGAGUCAACCGUUUUGUUGGCCAUGGCGUUUGACCGGUACGUUGCCAUCUGCUAUCCCCUGAGAUACCCGGCUAUCCUCACGCACUCAGUGAUAGGGAAAAUAGCUGUGACAGCUGUUCUCAGAGGGUUGUGUAUAAUGUUCCCACCUAUCUUCCUCCUGAAGAGGCUACCGUACUGUGGCCACACCGUAAUGCCUCACACGUACUGUGAGCACAUGGGCAUAGCCCGGCUGGCCUGUGCUGACAUCACAGCCAACAUCUGGUACGGGUUCACCACAACUCUGCUGUCGUCGGGGUUGGACGUCAUGCUCAUUGCUGUGUCUUACGUGCUGAUCCUCAGGGCCGUCUUCCAGCUCCCGUCCAAGGACGCCCGGCUCAAGGCUCUCAGCACCUGCGGCUCCCACUUCUGCGUCAUCCUGUUAUUCUACACACCGGCCUUUUUCUCGUUCCUUACUCACCGGUUUGGCCACAAUAUCCCUGGACACAUUCACAUCCUACUGGCCAAUCUCUAUGUGAUUGUUCCCCCCAUGCUAAACCCCAUCGUCUACGGAGUGAGAACGAGACAAAUCCGGGAACGAGUGACCCGCAUGGUCUCCCAGGCCUGGGGAUUUCACUGCUUCUGCUGGGGGAGGGGAUGUUGACCUGCACAUAAAGGUGAGAGACGCGGACUGGGAAUGAGCAAUUGGUAGUGAGUGCCGCCACAGGGCUGAGCCCUGAGCAACGAAACUCACCAGCAGGUUCCUUCGAAAUGAAACCAGAUUGCUUCAAAGGCGGGUUUUCAGGAGAUGGGAGACUGGUUCAUCAGGUCUUUUCAUCACUGGAGGUUCCUCCCGUGAUGUUUGCUUCCUGUGGCUCAGAUGAACCAUCAGACACUCCCCUCCAGCACAGAUCAAAUGCAGAACAUUCAGAAAAUAGCAAGGACUGCCAAGAUCUCUGUGACUGUGAUCGUAUAUAAACAUACCUGUCACUACUGUUAGUCUGUCCACCCCUUCCCUCCCAGGUGUCUGUUUAUUCACCUGUUGUGCAUUGCCUUAAUCUUAGACUGUCAGCGUUCUGAGGUGCAGGCUGUCUUUGUGUUAGCAGGAGACUGCCUAGCUCAGUGGGGCCCAGAUCUCUGAUUGGAGUCCUCAGGUGUUACUAGGAUACGGAUAAUAGUCAUAACAUAUGAUGAUGACAACACUCUUUCCAUUCCAUUAGUAUCGCUGGAGGAUGUUAAACAGCAGCUACUAAAGUUGGACAUUUUAAAAUUAGCAGGUAUAGAGAAAAUGCAUCCAAGGGUUUUAAAAGAGCUGUCUCAGGUGCUCAGUGGACCAUUAAUGUUGGGACGUUCCAGAAGACUGGAAGAAAGCAAAUGUUGUGCCAAUUUAAAAAAAAAAAAGGCAAAGGGGAUGAUCCAGGUAAUUAUAGGCCUGCCAUUCUGACAUUGAUCCUGGGUAAUGGAGAUGGGUGAUAAUGGAUUUGAUUAAUAAAGAAUUAAAGGGUAAUAUAAUUAAUACCAAUCAACAUGAGUU